AAAACAUCUUAGUCCCUUUGAAUUAUCGAUCGUCAAUAUGGCAUACAGUGGAGGAUCAGCAGCUGCCUCAUCUUACGGUGUCCGAGUAGAUUUAACAGCGAAGGAGAUGGCAAAAGCCGUCUUGGCAGUCAUUAAUUCGGAACACUUUGACAAAGACGAAAUUCGUGAGCAAAAACUCACCCUGUCUCAAGCGUUCUGUUUGUUGUGGCAAGAUCCUGAGAGUGGAGAUGUAGACGGUAGGAAAGUCAGCGUCGAGACGAAUGGUGGUGCUGCUGCUGCAGUCCUGCUUGAUUUAGUAGUGCUGGGGAAAGGAGAAGUAGAAUUAGUACCUAAUAAAACCUUGGGAAUAAAAAACGAUCUUAUCGUCUUCAAGGUGCUUUCUGACAAACCAACUGAAACAUAUUUGGAUGCAGCUAUGUUCGACAGUAUCUUGAAGCACCAUAGCAAACAUCCUGAUAAACCUGAGAAAGUCAAGCACUGGAUUUACGAGGACAUCACACAUAUGAAGGCCAGGAAUCUUUGCUCUACUAUAACACUAGACAGCUUGGUGGAAAUGGGGGUCCUUGAUAUGAAAGAAAAGUUCAUUGGGCGCAAAUAUCCAACUGUCAAACCAGGUGUUGAGGAAAAUUUGGUGCGAGAUAUUCGUGCUGUAGCCCUGGAUGGAGUGCAACCAAGUAGUUACAUUAGAGCCUUGCUCACCCUUGCGCGUGCUGCGGACGAUCUGCUGUGUCUUUCUGAUCCCGUCCUGAAAAAACACUUCUCUAAGGGUGAAUAUGAUAAAGCCAAAGAACGAAUCAUUGCAUUAGUUGGUAUUGACAAGAAGAGCAAAGAAAAAUAUGAAGCGGUUUGAGUUACGUCUCAAAAAGGGCCCAAUAAUAGGGCAUUUUUUGAGUUAGUGCCAACUCAUCCUAAACUUAACGCUAAAAUUUCAACUUUCUUACGUUUCUUAGUAUUCAUUUCUUACGCGUAUUCAAUUACAGCCAUCAUUAUUAUUGUACGUGUACACAGACAAGAGCACUCAAUUUGGAAAUAAAGCAAUGAAUUUGAACUGA